AUGAGCUCAGCCAAUUCAAAGCGACAUAAGACGCUUCCGUUCCGUGUCAUACUUUCCAAUGCAGACAAGAAUGAAUACUCUAGUUUCGCAUGGAUAUUAAGGGAAAGAAGCAGAAUGCCCACUUUAACAGAGACCACGGCCCAUUUGUUGUUGUUGAGGGCAUUUGGAAAGCUCUACGAAAGUAUUACUAAGAACAUUCCAAGCGAAAUUGACAAGAAUAAACUCUGGCAAGUGUACGUCACUAAUGCCGUGCGGAGGUUCAUCUUAUUCAUUAGUGCUUACAGAGACCUGAGACCACUUGAUUUGAAACAAAAGCUUGAAGUCUAUGAAUUUGAAGAUGGUGUCAGAUAUUUUUGUCCAUUGGAGAAGUUGCUCCUACCUUUGGAUAUAUUAAUGGUAUGGCACUCAUUCCUAUUGAACCCUAAAUCAUUCUUAGACGAGUGCGCCCGAAACUCGGUCUUGGAUUUUGCAUACUUCCCAUUCCCAUUACAAAGAAUCAGUGAUGCAAUAUCUAAAGAUACUUUCGAGUAUCUACCUAGGGAUUCCGACAUCCAAACAUUCACAGAGAUAACUUCAAAUUUUAUGAAUAAACUUGAUGCUACCCAUGAAAGAAGCGCAGCACAAAGUUUGAGCCUUAAGUAUGAUGUGACUUUGAGGGAAAUUCUUGACAUGAGUCUAACAGUCUACUGUCCAAUGUGCCACUCUCCACUUAAUAGAACUCCAUAUACCAAUAUUGAAGGAACUGGAUUUUCCGAUAAAAAUUUUACUAUAACGCCAGAAGUGAGAUGCCCAUGUCUUAAAGAAUUAGAUGUGCACAUUAUAAACCAUGAUACCUUACGAUCGUUGCAAAUGUACUCAGAUGUGGCACUGCUGGACCAUGAUCUUAUAUUACCUAAUGUAUACAAAUACUUUUCGAAUGAAUUGCAUCCGGGCAUGUUCGAUGAAGGUAAAGAGUACGGUGUUAGCGCUGCUUGUAAACAUCUAAUAAAGAGCCUCGAUCUGUGGAAAGGAACUUCAGUAAUUGAAUUUAUAAAGAAAUUAUGGAGUGUUCCAAAAUUUUCAAGAAUAAUAAAGAAUAUUUUAAGGCACUAUCUACAAAUGAAUUUAAUCCAUAAUUCAAUUCCGGCAAAUCUUAAUACGUACUCCGAUGGAGUACUGAACAUGACAACUUUGGUUAUGAUAACUGAAGAUCUUGUUGGAUGCAUCUUACGACAACAGAGAUUUAUUGAAAAGAUGAACAAAAUUAACUUAUUAGAGUCACCUAUGUUGGGAAACUCCCUAAUGGAAUCAUCAGUUAGAUAUGAUAGAUUUUUCCAAUUGAUGACCAUGAACAAGAAGAAUCAAAUAGUAGUACCAACUUUAGAUAUAGAUAUGUUUUGGCACACUCACAUGUUGUCAACCUUCUACUAUCUAGAGAAAUGCACCAGCAGUAAAGCUAAGAUGAUAAUAGACCAUAACGACAAGAUCGAAGAAUCAAGAUUAUCACUGAAUUUUGAGAAGACUGCAAAGUUGUACAGCGACAAAUUCAAAGAGCCGUAUUCAAUUUGCUUUUGUUGGUACUGUGUUGCAACCAGGGAGAAAUUUAAGAAGAAGAAGAAGGUAUUUGGAAAGAAAAAGGAUGAGGUUAAGUUGUACAGUACUAGUUGGCUCUUCAAUUGGGAUAAUGAAACUGGAAUUACUCACAUUUCUACUCACAAUUACAUCGAAUGGCCAGGCAACCGAGGAAGCAAGAACAGGGAAUUACUUUUCGAUGCCUAUCACCAAAAGCCCAACGAGCAGUACCCGUGGAAAGACGAUACCCACCAAAGAGCAAGCUACGACGGGAUGUUUGUGAUAUCUCCUAUUGCGCCCAUUAAUCAACAAAAUACAGAGCUUUGGGGACCUGGAGCCUGUAUUAGUUCAGGACCGGAGGGAAAUGGCGGUGGGUGCAGCGGUGCGGCCUGCGGAAGCAGUGAAUGUGGAAACAAUGGUCCUGGAAGAGGUGUUCUCUGUGGGUCUGCUGUGAGUGCCUGUGGCGUUGACGGCUCGGGAUCCUUGAGCGGAGGAGCAAGUGCCAUGAAUGGGAAUAUUCCGUCUUGUGGUUCAGAUGGAUGGAUGGGCUGA